GAGAUACUUUGUCGGUUGUACAUCAAGUCCGCAAUUCAAAUUUGCUUUCCGUGUGGUCUUUGUUAUCUCGUAUUUGCAUACAAGUGUUAACUGGCUUAGAAUUAUGUUCGUGCGCCGGAGUAAAUUUAAACAUGUCUUCGGGAAACCAUGCAAGAAAGAAUCCUGUUAUGAAGACAUUCGAAUAACAAAAAGUAGUUGGGAUGCCCGUUUUUGUGCUGUGAACCCUAAAUACCUUGCGAUUAUUACCGAAGCUGCGGGGGGUGGAUCAUUUCUUGUUUUACCUAUUGAAAAGGUUGGUCGGGUAGAACGUGAUGCUCCUCUUGUUGCUGGACAUACGGGAAGUGUAUUAGAUAUACAAUGGUGCCCACACAAUGAUGAUCUUAUUGCCAGUGGUUCCGAGGACUGUACUGUGAAAGUUUGGCAAAUCCCAGAAGGUGGACUGUUACCCAAAACGAAUCUGACUACACCCGUAGCAGAUUUGGUAUGUCACCAGCGCCGCGUUGGUUUGGUUGUCUGGCACCCAACAGCUGAACAUGUAUUAUUAUCUGCAGGUGCUGAUAAUAAGGUGUAUAUAUGGAAUGUUUCUACAGAAGAGCCAUUGGUUGAAAUGAAAUUCCCAGAUAUUGUUUUAUCUGCUUGUUUCAAUUAUAAUGGUUCUCGUUUGGUUACAACUUGUAAAGAUCGGCGUACAAGAGUGGUUAACCCACGUGAUGGAAAAGUUAUUGUUGAAGGUAUUUGUCAUCAAGGCACCAAACCACAAGAAGCUAUUUACAUUAAAGACGAUCGAAUUUUUACUACUGGUUUUUCACCAAUGAGCGAACGCCAAUUUGCUUUAUGGAAUAAAGACGACUUUAGCGAACCUUUACACAUUCAAGAACUGGAUACAAGUAAUGGUGUAAUAUUUCCUUUCUAUGAUUCAGAUACCAAUUUGGUAUAUCUUUGUGGAAAAGGUGAUAGUACAAUCAGAUAUUUCGAAAUUACCGAUGAACAACCAUAUGUACAUUAUAUCAAUAUGCUUACUAGUUCUGAUCCACAACGAGGAAUGGGUUGGAUGCCAAAACGAGGAUUAGAUGUUAAUCAAAAUGAAAUUGCUAGAUUUUAUAAAUUACAUGCGAAAGGUUUAUGUGAAGUUAUUCCGUUCACUGUACCUCGGAAAUCAGAACUGUUCCAAGAUGACCUUUAUCCAGAUACAAUCGGUGAUAUGCCUUCAUUGACAGCUGAUGAAUGGAUGUCCGGUAAAGAUGCAGAUCCUAUUUUAAUAUCUCUAAAGGAGGGUUAUGUUCCAAAAUCGAAACCGAAAAAACGUAUUGGGAAGUUAAUCGCAUCCACUCCAGCAGCAGAUAAAGAAGAACAAGAUUCAAAUUUGACAGUUCCACAAACUAAAGUAACAUCGCAUCAAAAUCGACAACCUGGCUCUAAAUCACCAAAUCCUGAAAAUCCUGUCAAAUCUGAUCAUCUAGAUGCAAAUCGACAACGAUUAACUAAGAGUACCCCACCUAAAGAUACUCCAUCUUCUGAACCAGUGAAUGGCAUUUCAACCGGUGCUUGUCAUGCAAAUCACACUGGUAUUCAUCAUCUCAUGGAAGAUAUUCGCAAAAUGAAGAUAAUUAUUAAAGGUCAUGAAAGGCGUAUACAAAAUCUAGAAGAACGUCUAGACUUGACUGAUAGUGGUGGAGAUUGUGUAUCUUCCAUGUCUGUCAGCUCAAUUAAAUAACUGUACACUUACAUCAUUCGUCAGGCCUACAACAAUACCCCCCUUUCAUCCUUAUUAUUAUCUGUUAUGUGCUACCAGUACGUUUACUAAACACUGUGUAGAUCAUGUCAUAUUUUUUGGAUUGAACAGAAUAACAAUGACAAUUAACCUCGCCAUGAUCUGUCGACUGCAUGUAUUAUUCUGUAAGCUUUUUUAAUUUGUAAUAAACAUCAGAAAAAAUCUGUCUUCCAUUCACUAUGAACAAAAUUAAACAUAUGAGCUCAUUUCUUUAUCUCUAUGAUCAGCUCUUUUCAGUCUUACUCUGUCCCCCCUUUAUUUAUCUGUGUGUAUGUGUGAAUCAAUUGAUAAUUGAUUAGCCUUUCAAAUAAACAAUACUUUUUAGCAUUUAUUAAUAAAACAAUAUAUAUACUCUUUGGCAGUUUGCCUUCUUUCUUGUUUUUUCUCUAAGGCAUAAUGUGCGGUUUUAAUAGUUUACAAAUUUACAUUUUUGCUAAUUAGUUUACUUUAAUACAACAAACGCAUAUACGUAGUCUUUGCAUUAUAUCUUUAUAUGCCUUUACAAUUCGCUAAAAAUGUGCCACAACCAUAUAUGUAUAUAUGGGCUGUGUUUGCAUGUUAACCUGUGUUUACUUAUUCAAUGUGUGUGUGUGUAGAAAAAAAAUUAUAAAGUUGAUGUAUCGCACCAGAGUGCCCAUAAAUUUUCUUUUCUUUACUACACAUAGACACAUUGUUAAUGAUUUCGAUGUCUCUUUCCGUUUCUUCGUUUUGACACCGUUUUCCAGCAAAUGAUGAGAUGUUCCUCUUCAGAUUUAUUUAUUAAUUUCGGUUCGAAAAUCUUCGGUUGUCUUACACAUGUAUGUGUGCUGAUUGUUCAUCUACCGUUUGGUCUUAUCAAAAAGCAUAUUCUUCACACUGUUAACACACGAAUAUAAUGAUAACAGUGAUGACAACAGUAAUAUAUAUAUAUAUAUAUAUAUAUAUAUAUAUAUAUAUAUAUAUAUAUUCACUUUCUUGUGUGUGUUACUUGCAUGACAUCUUUUUAUUCUAUCAGUCUAUCUUCCUCAUUGUUUUCUUGUAGUUUAGAUGUUUAUAUUUCCUGAGUCACUAGAUCGUCUUAGACUAUUCAUACUGAAUUCUAUGUAGAUUUUUUUAAAGGUCCAAUUAACUGUAUUUCUAUAAUUGUUUACAAACUUUACAGCUUCUUUACCUCAGUUUAUUUGUCUUGAUAUUAUAUACGUGAAUAUGUGUCCCUUCUGUCUUUACUUUUUAAUCAAUGUCUGUGGGAUUUCACUUUUUCGAGGAAAUAAAACUGAUUAUCAAAUGGAAUUUUGAUGACUUAGAAUUCAGAAAUGUUCUCAUUGAAUAAAUGCCUUUAGUUAAUGUUAUUUGUUGUUCAUUUAGGCGUUAUCGUUUAUACUGUUACUGUUGCUAUUUCAUUAUUUUCAAGGUGGAGAAUAAUAAGUAUCCUAAAAUGG